CCUUUGAAUGUGUUGCUUUUCGGAGAGACUGGAGUUGGGAAAAGCGCCAUCAUCAAUUUGAUCACGGGACGCGACGUUGCACAGAUGUCGCCAGACGCAGCAACCUGCACAUUGCAGUAUACUCCUCACGAAGUCAGUCUUGCAGAUCGCCGAUUCAAACUUUGGGAAGCUUCCUCAAUCGAAUCAACGAGUCUUUUCCAGGCCCUUCUUGCAAAAUCGCGCCUGAGAAAGGCGUACAAGAAGCUCUACAGAGAUGAUGGAACCUACCUUUUUUUGUAUUGCAUAAGGAGAUCGAGGGCCCAGAGAGCACUGAUCAAGGAUUAUAAAUUCUUCACUGACAUCGUUGGUUCUACGGGCACUGGGACAGGUGGCGUACCGGUCGCCGCUGUGGUUACCUGCUUGGAAGAUUAUCCUACGGACAUGGAUGUGUGGUGGACGAAAAACCAGGACAACCUAGAACGCCUCGGAAUGCGGUUCUCCGCACACGGUUGUAUCACUUCUCUCCCUGACGAUCCAACAUCCUCACCCGCAAUGCGCGCACGUCGACAGCGAUCAGAACAAGUUAUUCGCCGUCUUAUUUAUGAGUCCUACAGAACAGGUAUCGAAACACUUCGCAGUUCCAGUCCAGCUUUGACUAGAUGAAAAGCUGUCAAGCUUGCCUGCACAAUACGGUUCUUGAAUGUUAGCUUCUGUAGGGCUGGGCCACUACACGUAAUACUU